AUGAGUGCGACGGAAGCAGGCGUGCGUGCCUCCGAAGCUGCCAACCUCACCUCGAACCCUGAGCACGACAGACCAACAAACAGCGAAUACGACUCCACAAGGGCAUCCAAGUUCCGAUUCAAAGACAAGUCCAAGCGCUCAUCAAGUGACCAUUCUUACGAAUUUGACUUUGCGCCGGAUUCUUCCUCCCGUGAUUAUCACCGGAGUAGCAAACGUCACCGCUCAUCCCGGACACAUCCUUCGCACCAUGACAAUGAGAACUCCAACGACCACGUUCCCUCCUCUUCUACUCGCCAGCGACAUAACCACCACCGGCGGCGACGGCGACACCACGACCACUCCUCUUCCUCCUCAAAACCUUCUUCUUCUAGCAAACCUACUGCCACAGAACCCGACGACCCGUCCCUCUACGACGACACAUACAUGCCCAACACCCGAUCCGCGCAAUACAUGAAUCCCGAGAACGCCUUCCGCGAAUCUCUCUUCGACGCACUCGCCGACGACGAGGGCGCUGCCUUCUGGGAAGGCGUCUACGGCCAACCCAUCCACGUGUAUCCGUCCCAGAAGCCCGGCCCGGAGGGCGAACUCGAGCAAAUGACCGACGAGGAAUACGCAUCGUACGUCCGAGCGCGCAUGUACGAGAAGACGCACCAGCACAUUAUCGAGGAGCGCAAACAGCGCGAAGAAGCGCGCGAACGACAGCGCGCGUGGCGCGACCAGACGCGCAAAAUGGACCGCGAAAAGCACGAUUUUGAAAAAGCCGUCGAAGAGUCUCUCAAGCGCGGCGAACAACGACGCAUGGGCAAAAAGUGGAAGGAUGUCUGGGAAAGAUAUUUGCGCGGCUGGGAAACAUUCUUGCGCGCUCCUGUCCCCACUGACUCUGAACCUUCAAAAUCUCAAUCUAUUCCUUGGCCCGUGGAAUCAGGCCACUUCAAGGACGUUAGUCGCGACCAAGUCGAGCGUUUUCUCGCAAAUGCGCCGCUCGAUGUUCUUAGUGCCACAAAUGGAACUGGUAAAGCUACUACUGGGAGUGGUAAUGGUAGUGGCAGUGGCACAAGUGGCACAAAUACUCCCUCUACUGUUGCACAGCCACUACUCCCACUGCUCAAACUGGAGCGUGUCCGGUGGCAUCCGGAUAAAAUGCAGCAGCGUUUCGGAGCGGCAGGUGGGCUUGACGAGGAGACUGUGAAAGCAGUCACGGCGGUGUUUCAAGUCGUUGAUCGUAUGUGGAAUGAGAUGAAGGAGAAGACAUGA